AUCGCGGGCCGCUCACCUGCGUCUCUCUUCCUCGCGCAGGUACCGCAGCGGCACGACGGCGCCGGACUUCGGCCGAGGAGCGCGCGCACGACGACGCGAGACAUGUGUCACUCCUGUAAAUAUGAGAGAAGCUUUAAAUAUUUUCUCCUUCCUCUGUUUCCUGCCCAGCAGUAAUCUCAAGGACUAAUGGGGCUUUUACUGCUGAGCCUGCUUCUCCGGUACUGGAUCAACGCCGCGGAGGGAUCGUGUGUAUCCGGCAGCGCUGUGACCUGUGAGGAGUGUCUGCAGCUCGGUCCUCGCUGUGCCUGGUGCACACAGGAGAAUUUCACAGACUGGUCUUCAGUCACGGAAAGAUGUGACACACUGGAUGUCUUGAUAGAAAAGGGAUGUGCCAGGGACCAACUCCAGUUCCUCGUUUCCAAAGCUCAAAUCCUCCAGGAUCACCCACUCGGCAGGCAAACGAGCGGCGCCAACAGCACCCAGAUCUCCCCACAGAAGAUGGCCCUCAGCCUCCGACCCGGCAAUCAGCUGACCUUCCAGGUGAAGGUCAAACUUACAGAGGACUACCCUGUGGACAUCUACUACCUGAUGGACCUGUCAGCUUCCAUGUGGGACGAUCUGAAAAUGAUCAAAGACCUGGGCUCGACUCUGUCCAAAGAGAUGGCCAACCUCACGAGCAAGCUCCGCAUAGGCUUUGGCUCCUUUGUGGAGAAGCCUGUGCUGCCCUUCAUCAGGAUCACAGAGAAGGAGCUGGCCGACCCCUGCAGAGGAUUAGUCCAGGCUUGUCUGCCCACGUUUGGAUAUAAACACGUCCUGUCUCUGACGAGCCGAACGGACAAGUUCAACGAGAUAAUCGCGCGGCAGCGCGUGUCUGCAAACAUCGAUUUGCUCGAGUGCGGCUUUGACGCCAUCAUGCAGGUGGCCGUUUGUGGGGACAAGAUCGGCUGGAGGAAUGACUCCAUGCGCCUGCUGGUCUUCGCCAGUGACGGCGACUCGCACUUCGGGAUGGACAGCAAGAUGGCCGGCAUCGUGGUUCCCAACGACGGCCAGUGCCACAUGGACGUCAGUGGCGACUACAGCAUGUCCACAGUGCAGGAGUAUCCCACGCUCGGCCAGCUGAUCGAUAAGGUCGUAGAGAACAACAUCCUGCUGAUAUUUGCUGUGACAAAGGAGCAGCAGCACAACUACAAGAACUAUGCAAAUCUCAUACCUGGCGCCACCGUUGGAGUCCUGGCGUCCGACUCACAGAACGUCCUGGAGCUGAUUAUAACAGCAUACAAAGAACUGCGUUCAGAGAUCGAGCUAGAAGUCCUUGGAGAAACUGAGGACCUGCAGAUGUCCUUCACGGCCAUUUGUCCAAAUGGGACAGUGGCACCAGAUCUAAAACACUGCUCCAACAUCAAACCAGGAGAGACGGUGACGUUCAACGUCUCCGUGGAGCUCCCACGGUGCCUGUCCGGGGUUCGACACUUCUCCCUCAGGCCGGUGGGCCUGCAGGACAGUCUGGAGGUGCGGCUGGAGUCCGCGUGCACGUGUGCCUGCCCGGAGCCGCCCUCGGUCAACGGCAGCCGCUGCGCCGAGGACCAGGGGGCUUUCCGCUGUGGCGUGUGCACGUGCCAGCCCGGGUUCGUGGGAGAGCGGUGCGAGUGCGAUGAGGAGACCGCUUUGUUGAGCAACUGCGCGGCGAACAACGAGUCGGAGCUGUGCAGCGGCCAGGGGCAGUGUUACUGCGGAAAGUGCGUGUGCGACGCCUCCAGCUUCGGACGCAUUUACGGGCAGUACUGCGAGUGUGACAAUUACUCCUGUGUGCGCUUCCGCGGGGAACUCUGCGGAGGUCACGGCGCGUGUGACUGCGGGGAGUGCCGCUGUGAACGCGGCUGGACGGGCGAGUACUGUAACUGCAGCGCCAGCACGGACGCGUGCGCGGCGGAGGACGGCGCCCACUGCAGCGGCAGGGGCACGUGCGAGUGCGGCCGCUGCGUGUGCACCGUGCCGGGAGCGUCCGGGGACAAGUGCGAGAUGUGCGCGACGUGCGGCGACGCCUGUAACUCUGCGAGGGCCUGUGUGGAGUGCCACCUCCAGGAUGAGGAAGACGCUGAGAUGUGUGAUUGGGGGUGCAGCAUUUCCAAAAUUAACCUCAACACAACAGCAGAUUAUGACAAGGGUCCUUCUACACAGUGCAAAGUGAUGAUGGACAAUGAGUGUUGGAUCUCUUUCGCUCUGGUAGGAGGUGAGACGGGGAUCACGGCCUACAACCCUCUGAUAGACGGUUGCCCCGAGCCGCCCAACAUUCCCAUGAUCAUUCUGGGGGUCUCCCUCUCCAUUGUGUGCAUCGGUGUGAUCCUGCUGGCCGUGUGGAAAGUGCUCGUGUCUGUGCACGACCGCAAAGAGGUGGCCAAGUUUGAGGCCGAGAGGGCGAAGGCAAAGUGGCAAACGGGGACCAACCCUUUAUUCAGAAGCUCAACCUCUACAUUCAAAAACGUAACUUAUGAAAACACGCACAGAGGCAAGAUCAGUAUUGAUCCCUACUGAUGACGAGGUGGCGGCGAGGCAAUCAGCAUGCGUGUGUACUUGUGUGUACUUGUGUGUACCUGUGUGUACCUGUGUGUACCUGUGCGUACCUGUGUGUCCAUGUGUGCGUACGUGUGUGCGAGCAUGUGUUUGCGAGUGAGACAGAGGGAACAUUUUGUUUGUUAAACUGUGUGCUUUUGUGCCAGUCUCUGCAUUGAUCAGAGGUCUUAUAACCCAGCAGGCAGCACUGUGAACAGACACUAGGCUGAGGUUGCUGCUGCGAACGUGCACCGUCUGUGUAACGUCAAACACUGCACUCUCCUGUUGCACGGCCGUGUGCACGCACUCUUUUGUGACCUACUGGAACAUGCAGCGAAGAAAGAGGAGUCUACACUACUACUGAAAACAUCUGUCUGUCUAAUGAAUGUAAAUAUGGCUACGGGUGGAUGAUUCUGACUUGUUGAAAUAUUGUGGGGUUUUUCUUUGUUUUGUUGUAAAGCAAGGCUGAGCCUUCAUUGAGGACAAGUGAGGUUUUUUAGUGGUGCGGCACAUAAAUAAAAAUGUUUUUUAACUUAUUGUGUAAUUAGCUGUCUUCUGCUACUUCCUUAUUACUGUGCAUCCAUCUGAUAAACUGAGAAGCAAACACUAAAAUAAAAGCUGCCUUUCUGCC